AUGAAAUUCGGAGAGGCUCUUAAUGAGGGUUUAGUAUCAGAAUGGCAAGAUCAAUAUGUUAAUUAUAAAGAAGGUAAAAAAUUAAUUAAAAAAAUUAAAAAAUUAAAAGACGAGUAUGAACAAAUUGAAAAUUCAGAUUCAAAUUUAAAUAUUCCCAAGAAUAGUAGUAAUAACAACAACACCGGUACUAACAAUGAUGAUAGAACACCAUUGUUAGGUCCGACUGAUUUAGAUCCAAAUUAUAAUACAAAUGAUGAUCAACAAACUAAUAUAAGUGAUGUGCCUCCUCCUCCACCUUCAAGUAAAUCUUCAAUUCAUAGAAGAACUUCAAUAUUUAAUUAUUCAUUACGUUCAGAUAAAGCUGAUUAUAUAUCAGAGAAAAGAAAAUUUCAAUUAUGGUUAGAUGAAGAAUUAAUGAAAGUUGAUCAAUUUUAUUCAGAAAAAGAAGAAGAUGUAUAUGAAAGAUUUUUAUUAUUACAAGAUCAAUUGUAUCAAUUAAGAGAUCAAAAAAUUCAAUUAAAUAAACAAAGGCAACAACAUGAUGGUAAGAAUCAUACUGGUACUGCAACUGAUCAUCAAGUAGUUGAUAAAGUUCAUGAUUUAGCAUUUCAUACAAAGUAUUUUUUAAGUGGAUUAAAUAGAUGGGAAUUACCUUCAUUACCUUCCAUGAGAUUUUUAAAUAACUUCAAGAGAAAACCAAAAUUUGCAGAUGAUAUAUCUUUACAUAUUCGGGAUUCAAUAGAUUUAAAUUAUGCAGAAAAUAGAGUAAGAAAUGGUAUUGUUGAUUUAACUGAUAAAUCUCAUUCUGAUCAAACUUCUUAUGAUUCUGAAUCUGAAUUAGAUGAAAAUUCAACACAAAAUUAUCCACCAUGUUCCCCAUCAAAUAGAAAUUCAUUAGAUGUACCACAAACUGAAGAUCAAAUACGAACAUCAAAAAGAAGAGAUUAUAUACAAAAGAAACAACAUUUUGGAGUUCCUUAUCUUUAUGCUAAAAAACAAUUAAAAACCGCAUUAUUAGAACAUUAUAGAUCUUUAUCAAUUCUAAAGUCAUAUAGAACAAUGAAUAGAACAGCAUUUAGAAAAAUUACAAAAAAAUACGAUAAAGCAAUGCAUACAAAUAUAAUGGAUGAAUUUUUAGAAAGAAUAGAUACAACUGCAUAUUUCUUAACAAGUGAUCUACUAUGGAAAAUAAUAAAUCAUGUUGAAGAAUUAUAUAUUGCAUUUUUUGAUCCUGAAUCUCGUGAUAGAAAACAAUCUUUGGAAAAAUUAAAAACUAUAGCAUACACUAUAAAUGCAAGUGAAAUGAAGUCUAACUCAUUUUAUCCGGAAUUUUUUAGUUCUGGGUUAUUCUUAGGGUUUGGAAUACCUUUGUUUGUGUUGGGGUUAUACAUUGCAUUACAUAAAACAUUAAGUGGAGAAAUGACAGAGGGUAAAUUCUUGUUACAAGUAUGGGGUGGAGAUUUCUUGUUGACUUUAAUGUUUAUACUAUUUGGUAUCAAUUUAGCAGUUUUUGAAAAAUUUAGAAUUAAUUAUAAAUUUAUUUUUGAAUUUAAUAUAGCAACAGCUUUAAAUUAUAAGCAAUUCGUUUUAAUACCGUGUUUUGCGUUUGGAUUAUUAUCAUUACUUGGUUGGUUUAGUUUUAAUAAUUUUUGGCCAACACAAUUUCCAGGUAGAGAUUGGCCUUGGAUUUUCUUUGGAAUUAUGUUGGUUAUAUUUUUAUGGCCUGGUAAUAUUUUUUACGGAUCAAGUAGAAGAUGGUUACAAUUCGCCAUAUUAAGAUUAAUUUUAUCAGGAUUGUACCCAGUUGAAUUUAGAGAUUUCUUUUUAGGAGAUAUUGUAUGUUCAUUAACUUAUACAAUGGGGAAUUUACCUUUUUAUUUUUGUUUAUUUGCAAAUCAUUGGGUUGGAACGUUACCUGGACAAGAUGAAAGUAGAAAUAGAUGUACUUCAUCUAGAUCAAGGGUUAUGGGAUUUUUCAGUACAUUACCAAGUAUUUGGAGAUUAUUACAAUGUGUAAGACGUUAUAUGGAUACUGGUGAUUGGUUUCCACAUUUAGCUAAUAUGAUGAAAUAUGCAGUGUCUACCGUGUAUUAUAUGACACUAAGCAUUUAUAGAAUUGAUAAUGUUGUAAGAAAUAAGGUUGCAUUUAUUGUAUUUGCAUUUUUAAAUUCAAUUUAUUGUUCAAUUUGGGAUAUUGUAAUGGAUUGGUCGUUGUUGCAAAGUGGGUCAAAGCAUUUCUUGUUGAGAGAUUAUUUGUUUUACAAGAGACCAAUAUAUUAUUAUUCAGCUAUGGUCAUUGAUGUGAUAUUAAGGUUUCAAUGGGUAUUUUAUGCGUUUUUCAGUCAUCAGAUUCAACAAAGUGCAAUAACUUCAUUUUGCGUUGCUUUAGCUGAGAUUAUUAGAAGAUUUAUUUGGAUUUUCUUCAGAAUGGAAAAUGAACAUGUUACAAAUGUUAUAUUAUUUAGAGCUUCAAAAGAUACUCCAUUACCAUAUGCAGUUUCACUCAAGACAGAAAGAGCUAUUAAAAAAUUAGUUGAAUUAAGAUAUGAUCCACAAAAAUUCCAUGAAAGUGAUAAUGAACCUUCAGUAAAUGAAGAAACAGUUGGUUUCACAACGGGUCGUGCUGAUUCCCGUCAACAACAAGAUGAACGUCGUAGAAGUUCAAUUGAUCUUACAAGAAUGUCAACAACACAAUCAACUCCUCAAUUACAACAACGUAGAACUUAUUUUAAACAAAUUACUGAUAAAUUAAAUAGUGCUCAUAUCAAAGAUUUUCAAAGAAGGAAAACUGCUGUUCAUGCUGAAGAUGAUAGUGAUGAAGAAGAUGAGGAUGAUGCUAGUAUAAUGGCUAAAUCUCGAUCAAGAGGUGAUUCUAGGUUAUCUUCUAUGAGAGAAGAUGAUUAA